CUCAUCAUGGCAGCCAACUACAUCACCUCUGCUGAGCAGACUAUGAUGCUUGUGCGCCGCAUCGCAGCUCACCUCGCUGUCGAGCCCAACCUCCCCGCCCCUGAAGAUCUCACUCGCGGUGAAGUAGACGCUUGGAUCAGAGCUUUGAACACUGGAAUUCACGGUCGAGUGAUCGAUCUGCUUGCUCUCCCUGUACUAGAAUGUCUGCUUUACAUGCGGGGCAGAAUUCUGGGUUGCAAGACUAAGCAUUUGAGACGUGGUCCCACGGAAAUGUUUCGGCCUGUGGUUGUCAAUCCUUGGGUUCGUGAGGAUGUUACUUUGAAUCAGGAGCACCUUCCUUGGAUCCCUGGUGACCGCCAUGAGACUCAACCUAUUGCAAACAACGACAAUGCAGAAGAUGCUAUGGCUACAAAUAAGCAGGCUGUGAUUACAGAUGAGCAGGCCGCGGUCACAAACGAGCAGGCUAUCGUCCUCGACGUUACUCACCAGGAUAUCGAUGAGGAUGUCGAUCAUCACGACGAUGACCCUGCACUACAAAACACUGAGCAAAAGACUGUCGAAGAAGAAGCUAGUCUGACGCAUCUUCGCAAGACGAGUCANAGUUCUGACGACCCUGACCGAGUAUACUGCAUUUGCCAGGACCUCGUUGAUGGUGGCACCAUGAUUCAAUGCGACAACCACAGAGACAGCGACUGCAAAGGAAAGUGGUUCCAUCUCAAAUGCGUUGGCCUGCCCAGAAGCCCGCCGGAUGAUGUGCACUGGUAUUGCAUGGACUGUCGCAGGAAGUUUCGUCGUGGUGUUUUCAGCAAUGGCAUUGUCAGAUGA